AGGGACACAAAGAGGAGAACUGCCUUUUAAAAGGGGCCAUUCUUUCCCAGCUGCUGCUGGGUGUUGACUGUGGGUGUUUGAGAGGACCUUUGUUGCCUGGAGAAAAGUAGAGAAGAAGAAUACGCGCUGAGAACCAGUUGGGGGAAUUUUUAUGGACAGGGUUAUUACAGUGUAGCCCAUGCUGGCUGUCAUACACUCACCACCUCUGCCUGUUUUCCUGGGGCGGCAGUUGUUUUGGAUGACGGAUUCAACUUUUACGCAUUGAUUGUACGCGCAACUCAGGAAACUCGCAACUGAAUCGUCGGAGGGGGACCUGUUUCAGAAGUUUUAUUUGCUCUUUUAACCCGUCGUUAUGAACUUUCUCACCCCAGUAGGUGUCGGUUUGGAGUUUGUUCCUCAUUAUCAUUAACUUAAACCUCAAGAGGAAUUUGUGGAUAUUUCUCCAAAGGAUGCCAAUUGAUAAAUUCGCAAACAUGGAGGAAAAACUGUGGAUAUUGGAGGACCUGAAUAUGAUGUACAUUCGUCAGAUUGCCCUCAGUUUACAGGACAGCGACAUCCAGAAGAAGAUCGACCAUGAGAUCCGGAUGCGUGAUGGGGCCUGCAAGCUGCUGGCCGCCUGCUCGCAGAGAGACCAGGCCCUGGAGGCGGCCAAGAGCCUGCAGACCUGCAGCACCCGCAUCAUGGCCUACAUGUCCGAGCUGCAGAGGAUGAAGGAGGCUCAGGUCAUGCAGAGGGUGGCGCGAAGGUCCUCGGACGCCGGGCCGAUGGACGACAGGCUGCCGUGCAAAGGGAAAGUUGCCAUCUCGGACCUUCGUAUCCCUCUCAUGUGGAAAGACACAGAAUACUUCAAGAACAAAGGAGAGCUGCAUCGGUGUGCGGUGUUCUGCCUGCUGCAGCUGGGAGGAGAGAUCUUUGACACAGACAUGGUGAUGGUGGACCGGACGCUUACCGAUAUCUGCUUUGACAACACCAUAGUAUUUAAUGAAGCCAGUCCGGGCUUUGAGCUGCGUGUUGAGCUGUACAGCUGCUGCUCAGAGGAUGACUACUCAGCAGGGAGCACACCCAGGAAGCUAGCCAGCAAGCUGAGCUCCUCUCUGGGUCGAUCAGCAGGGAAAAAGCUACGGGCCGCCAUGGAGCCCGGAGCAUGUAGUCCAGUCAGCAAUGGAGGAGGGGCUCCACUGCUGCUGCCUGUCCCCUCUGUACCGGGUCCUAAGUACCACCUCUUAGCCCACACUACCCUGUCGCUGUCCCACGUCCAGGACAGCUUCCGCACACACGACCUCACCAUCUCAGGCAACGAGGAGUGUUCGUACUGGCUUCCUCUUUAUGGCAGUGUGUGUUGUCGCCUUGCUGCUCAGCCUCACUGUAUGACCCAACAGAUGAUGAGCGGAUGCUUGAAAGUCAAGCAGUUAGGCGGUGACCCUCAGAGCUGGACAAAAGUGUACGCCGUUCUGAAAGGAACAAACCUUUUCUGUUACCACCGGCAAGAAGACGUGGAGGUGAACGUCGAGCCGGCCUUCACCAUCGCCAUCAACAAGGAGACAAGGAUACGUGCGUCAGAGAAAGACCCUCACAGUAAAGCGCAGAGCAUCUGCAUCAGUAACCAGUACGGAGGGGAGGAGGUCACACACACAGUGACUACAGAAAGCCGCGAGGACACACACCGGUGGAUGGAGGCCUUUUGGCAACAUUUCUAUGACAUGAGCCAAUGGAAGCAGUGCUGUGACGACCUAAUGAAGAUUGAGCUCCCGUCUCCGAGAAAACCAGCCCCUGUCACACCAAAGCAGGGCUCCCUCUACCAUGAAAUGGUUAUUGAGACUUCAGAUGACUUCAGCGGCACAGUGUCGGACAUCCUGGCUCGGAGGAUGCAGGAGCUGGAGCUUCGCAGCCAGCUGGGCACCUCCCCCACCUGGAUGUCUCUGUUUGAAGAGGACACCCCCCACGGCUCUGGCCGCCCUCGUCCCUGUACCUCUCGCCUGCCUGGCCACAGCCCCCAUACCCCCCACCGUCUGCCCCGCAGCCCCUUGACCCCUCACCGCUGCCCACGACUGGGCCUGUUGUCCUCAGAUGCCAGUCUGACGUCAGACAGCGACAGCCACUGCAGCACCAGCCCCUGUUCCCACCACCACGGCUGGGCUGAACCUUCCUCAAACUUCUCCCUCUUGUCGUCCUCGUCUUCAUCCCCGUCGCGCUUGAGGCCGCGCACUCUGUCGCUGGAUGCUAAGCUCAGCACGCUCCGAGGGAGGGGGUAUGGAGGAGGAGGGACCUUCCAGUGCCCAUGCCAGCCUCCUCCUUCGUCGCUGCUCGCCCCGCUCCCGACAUCCUCUCGUUCACCUCGGUCACAGCGCAGCACCCAGACCACCCUCUCCUGCUCCAGCUCCACCUCCAGCAACAGCUCCAGCAACAGCGAGGGGAGCCACAGCCCUGAGUCGUCUGAGGGAGCGCCCUUCUCAAGGCCCUCCCCGGCCCGACGCAGCCUCAGGAACCUCAGGGCCAGACUUGACCCCCGCAACUGGCUCCAAAGUCAGGUAUGAACUUGCCUUGCCUGGCUGACUUUCACGCUGGCAUGAAGGCAGUGGUCAACACACCAUGGUUUAACUGGUUUAACAUGGAUUAACAGUUGAUUUAUCAUGAUAAACAUAUGUGAACCAACCUCAGGCAAUCUGCUUAAACCGCAUGCUCGGUCAUGAGGAGGAGAAGCUGCCUCAAUCCCCCUUUCUGUUGGAGGAUGGAUCAUUGAAGACCCACCUGGGGCAAACUGGAAAGUCUUCUAACACAAAAGACAGGUGACAGUCCCUGCAGGCUGCCUUGACUUUUACUGGGUUGCCACAGUCUGAAGACAGAAACGAAAUGGGAGAUUCUCUGCUAGCUGUUAGAAGUUACGGGUGAGGAUACCUGGAAAGCGGCGAUGCUAAAAACUAAGGCUUUGUCCGAUACACACAACCACCACUCUCUCUGUCCUUGGAAUCCUUAAUUCCAAAACUUCAAACUGGAAAAAAAAAAAAAGGUUUUAUUUUGUCUUCUGUGUCAGCCGUCCUGGCCACUCAAAACUGGUUUCAAGAUUAUCUCUGUUGAUGCACUAGCAGUAUUUUGACUGUGUGUUUCUUAUCGGUAUUUUGUAAGUGAUGGUUUGCAGUGUUUGCGCUGUGAAAGCUAAGUGAGCAUGUGGCUAAGUUGAAAAUGUCAUGGUCGUGAUCACUCCGAGUUUUCAAAUGUUGGGAACCGUCCAGUGUGGUGAAAAGGGUUGAUGUUUGUUGCCUGUACUUACUGUGAUAUCUACUUCAGUGUACUUACCAUCUAAUAUCCACACAAAAGAUGAUCUCUCACAGUCUCUCAAAAAUACUAUGCACCGUUUUGUUUCUUGCAUGAUUUGGCUUAACAAGUUCAGGAGUUGUGCUCUUUGAGAUCAUUUCAGCAAGUGAAUUUUAGUAGGAGUUCAACUUAAUUCAAGUGCUUACAUUUACUGUACUGGUCGUUACUGUGAUCUCUUCAGGGUAAAAAUCUGUGCUCUGGUCCUUAAUUUAAACAUUUAGCUGCACACUGUUGAUGGGAGGCUGUUGUUGUAAUUAGGUAAUAGCUGUGUAACAGAACAAAACCUAGAUUAAACUGACACAAACCAAAGGUUACUUGUUACUGAAAAACAAAGCCAUACUUACAAUUCUGCUACACUGUCUCUUAGCAGUAUUGUGGGAUUCCAUCAAGAUAUGCGUUACCUGCUUUUAGAAACUCCAGUAAAAUGUGAAACGUACAUCAAUCAAAUAUUAUGCAAUACAGGAAACACUUCUAGGAAAUUACACUAUGGUGGCCGUGUUUUACUUCCUAUAAAAUUGAGCGUUUGUUCAUUUAAAUGCCAGUUAGGUAUUAAAUCAUGAUCAUAGUUAGAGCGCAGGAGUAACAUGCUUUGUUUGCACUGCCACCUGUCUCUUUAAUUUGAGUUGUCAUUGCCGUCUGAACGAUUCUGCAUGCCAACAGCAAAACGCUUUUAUCAAACCAGAAAACAAAAUCAUCUGACUGAGGGUGGCAAUGUGAAAACAAAGGCUAUAGGAGAGUGUGUGUGUGUCCUGUCAGUACAGUAAAGCAUAUUCUUCUGUCUCUGUUGUUUACUGUGGACUUCACUUGGUUAACCAUUUCUCCCUUGGAGUUCAGAACUGGGGCAACCAUUUGUACUAAGAAUUAAAACUUGUCAUGAGCUUGAAAACAGCAUUUGUUACUGUAAAGUAAUUUUUUUAAUUUAACAAAUAAACCUCCUCUCUUUGUCUUUUGUUAAAAUCUAUUUUACAUUAUUGAUUUUGUUAUAAAAGCAGCUAUAUUGAUAUAUAAUUAUUAUAAUUUUAACAGAUAAUGUGCAGAUCUUUAACUGUUGCAAUAGAUAACAUUGAAUUUUAUAACCAUGCAAGAGUGUGUCUCGUGUUAGCAGGCUUUAUGUUCUGCAUGCACGCCAUGCUAGAGGGUGAACCUAAAAUGAGAAAUGUGUUUCAGUAAUAUAACAUUAAUGAUAAUAAAUGCUUUAUCAGUUCA